UAUAUCUAAAGCCUCAAUUCUUCUAUUCAAUCAAUCUGAGAGAGAGAGAGACAAGACAAUGUUGAAAAGACAUGGUUCCACUGUGGGAUCGAAGGGAGAUGGAUCGAGUGUGGUAUUGAAAAGGCAUCGGUCCUGUGUUGUGGAAGUGCUACCACACGAUGUUGUUGAGCUCAUCCUCGAGAGGCUUCCUGUGAAAUCUCUGUUGAGGUACAAGUCUGUAUCCAAGAACUGGAAUUCCACUAUUGAGUCCCAACGUUUCCAGGAAAGACAGUUUAUCCGCCGUAGACAAUCCCGAGGUCUAGAUGCCCUUUUCGUGACCCGUGGUGAUGAUGAUUCUCAAAGGACGAGAAGAAUUAUCUUGGGGUCGUCCUUAGUUGCUACUGUUUGGUUCCCUUCUUUUGGAAAGUUGGUUUGCCAUGGUAGUUGUGACGGCAUGAUAUGCCUUUUCAGUAUCGACAAACCGAGUUUCGUGGUGAAUCCUACUACUCGAUGGCAUCGAAGUUUCCCUCUUUCCAGGAUUCAACUGCUCAUUCUUGACAGCUAUAAGAUUAAAGGAAAGAUUGACAAACCAUAUCCCAAGCUUGGAUUUGGUAAAGACAUAGUAAGUGGCACAUACAAGCCUGUUUGCUUGUGUAAUUCAUCCGAAUAUGGCCUAGACAACAUUACCGCUUGUGAAGUUUUCGACUUCAGCACCAACGCUUGGAGGUACCUUCUCCAUGCUUCUCCUUAUCGGAUUAUUCCUUGCUUUUACCCUGUGUAUUUAGAUGGGUCACUUUACUGGUUCACUGACUGUGAAGAAACAAAGGUUUUAUCUUUGGAUCUUCAUACCGAAACUUUUCAAGUCAUCUCAAAAACUCCCUUUCCCCGUGUGCUUCAGCCUCUAGACUUCACCAUGUGCAUCCUCGAUAACCGCUUGUGCGUGUCCGAGAAAAAUUGGCUCACCCAAGUC